AUGCGCCUUGUCCAGCAGCGAAGCGUGCAAUACUUGCGUUUUAUAAUAAUUCUGAAUCUAAUAGAUGUGACUCCGUUCACUGUUGGCUGCCCAGACCGCUGUGUGUGCAACGACCAUCUGGUGGUUCAGUGCGCUGAGCAAAACUUGACAGUGUUUCCCUCCAACAUCCCACUGCUCACGAGGAAGCUGAUCAUCUCAAACAACCGUUUGGUCGAGCUCCCGCCGCUGAUGCUCUUUUACUUGUCCGAUUUAGUUCAUUUGGACUGCAGCAACAACUCUCUAACGUGGAUAUCAGAUGCCACAUUUGGGAAUCUACGCAAACUUGCAUACCUGGACAUCUCUUUCAACAACUUGAUCCGAAUAGAAAGCAGGACAUUCUUGCCGUUGGUGAGCCUUGUGAUGCUUAGGAUGACGGACAACUACGGCCUGUCCAUGAUUCACCCUCUCGCUUUCAAAGGCAAUGAGAAUCUUCAACUACUGGACGUAAGCCAAAAUAACUUGACGGUGCUCGACAUCAGCAUCCUUUCUAACUUACCUGACCUGUGCUACAUCGCCAUCAGUGGAAACCCCUGGAACUGUGGAUGCGAAAACGAGGAACUAUGUAUCUGGGCCAACAAGGAGGGAUUCCGUUUCCCAGAUAAAGAACAGGCAUUCUGUAGAAGUCCACCUAGCAUGCAGGAGCAGCGUAUAGACCAAGUGAGUCUCCAGAUGAGGUCCAUCCAUAAACCGGGACUUACAUUCGGCUACCUGUUCUUGAUUUUUUGCUCAAUGGCCCAAAUCUCGGUCACAAUGUUACUGGUAACGCAUUUUGUCAUGGAGCUGUCCAAUUGCUGCCACAACCUUUACUCGGAGGACUGUGACGAUGACAGCAGUGAUGGUAGUAACCAGGACAAUGGGGAUUUUAACUCCCUCCUGUCUGUGAAGUCCUCCUAAAAUGACCAGCGAGAAUAUUGGUAUUUUUUACAUUAAAAAAGAGACACCUCAGAAAAGUGCCUGACAUGUCACUUAGCACUCCCAAGACAGCCUCAUGGUAUUAAUUCAUCCUGCAGCAUUUUUAUACCAAAAAAGGCACUACAAUAAAAAUAGUCUCAAUAUGCAGUAAGAAUGUAGAAUUGUCAUUGUCAUUGUUUUUCUGAAGCUUUCUGAAUGUUGAUUAGCAGUUUACAAUGAACAAGGUUCGCUUCUCCUCCAAAUAAAAGAUUUACAUUCAGACA